CAUGGUGAUGCGGAGUUUGUUCUCCCAGGAAUGCAGACGGGCUUCAGACACAGCGUGCAGUCCGGUCUCACUACCGUUGUUGAGGCUCAGUCGCCGAAGGUUACCUGCCGAGGUCAAAGAUGCCAGCGGUUCACUGGACUCGCCGGAGCUCUGAGAUACACCUGGGAUGGGAGAAAAGGACGGUUGAAUAAGCACAAACAGUGCUGGUGCUGAGUAAAAGGACAUUUACCCGAGGGGCUGGUGAGAUUAAAGGAUACGAAAUGACAGGCAGGAGAUGCAGUGUGCAGAGUCCUGAUCGUGCACUUCUCAACAUGGAGACAGAGUCCAUCGAUGACAUGUACGAGGGUUGCCGCUCUAAAAUGGACGAAGUGAUUGACCUGCUUGGCGUCUUUGAGCGCCGCAACAACAAACUAUUUGCUUCUGUUUGGGCUUUUGCUGAAACACGCGCCAGAACACCUGUGCACAAGGACAUGAAGCGGCGACAUGCCAUCGCGUUGUACGCGUACACCAGUGCACCUGCGCUCCGACGUGAGUUCAACGCCGCAGUUAAAGAAGGGAAACGAAACUACAGCACGCAUGAAUUUCAGUUCCAUUACUUUUACUUCUACUUGACGGAAGUUAUCCAGCUGCUGCGUGGGAAUCUCACGUCCUGCAGAACCAGCUACCACCGGACCUCGGGACGCCACGACCUCAAUGUGGCGAACACAAAGAUGCGUUUCGGCGCUUUCGUUUGGGCAGCUUCAAACAAGCAGAGGUUUGAGUCCAUUGGACAAGUUUCCUGCUUUGAGAUCCACAGUUGCCUUUGUGCUGAUGUGACGUUCUACUCUGCUAAAAGCCAACCGGGACAAGUGCUGAUUCCCCCAUACGAGGUUUUUACUAUCACUGAGGUACUGACAGAUGAACAAUGGUGUAAUGCUGUCUACAAAAUACAAAGCAGCGAAACUUUCAGAGCAGAUCUGAAUUGUGAACUGAAUAUACAGCAAAUAAAAACAUUUGUAUAG